AUGUGCUCUCUUCCCAUGGCAAGAUACUACAUAAUCAAAGAUGCACAUCAAAAGGCUUUGUACACACGGAAUGGCCAGCUCCUGGUGGGAGACCCUGAUUCAGACAACUGUAAUGCAGAGAAGAUCUGUAUCCUUCCUAACCGAGGCUUGGACCGCUCCAAGGUCCCCAUCUUCCUGGGCCUCCAGGGAGGAAGUUGCUGUCUGGCAUCUGUGAAGACAAGAGAGGGGCCUUCCCUGCAGGUGGAGGAUGUGAACAUCGAGGACCUGUACAAGGGAGGUGAACAAACCACCCGUUUCACCUUUUUCCAGAGAAGCUUGGGUUCUGCCUUCAGGCUCGAGUCUGCUGCUUGCCCUGGCUGGUUCCUCUGUGGCCCACCUGAGCCCCAGCAGCCAGUGAAGCUCACCAAAGAGAGUGAACCCUCUACCCAUACCGAGUUCUACUUUGAGCAGAGCCGGUAA